AUGCUUAGAGCGGCAACGACAAUCAGACCAGCUUUAAAAACUUCAGUUCAGCCUGCAAUGGCAGCGAGAACCUUCUCUUCCACCUCCCCUGCCGCUGAAACUCUCCGUGAAAUUGAGCAACGUCUUAAAUCCGUAAAGAACAUUGAAAAGAUCACAAAGUCUAUGAAAAUGAUUGCCUCUACAAAGCUCACAAAGGCUCAAAGGGCUAUGAACACUGCCAUUCAAUACGGCAAGACUAACAGUGAAAUAUUCGACCAAUCACAAGUCCAAGCUCCUGAAAACGCAAAGUCUUUAUGGAUUGUUGUUUCCUCUGACUCUGGUUUGUGUGGUGGUAUCCACUCCUCCGUUUCCAAGUACACAAAGCGUGGUAUUAUUGAGGAAGGUAGUGAAGAACACCCAAUCGUUAUCCUUGGUGACAGAGCACGUAACCAACUUCAGCGUUCAAACCCAAGCGACGUCAAACUCUCUUUCAACCAAAUUGGUAAACAAAUUCCAACUUUCACUGACGCUGCUGCCAUCGCAGACACUAUCCUCACUUCAGACAUUGAAUUUGAUCAAGUAAACCUCGUCUACAACCAAUACACUUCUCAAAUUGGUUACGACGCUAACACCAUCAAAGCCUACACUGAGAAAAUUCUCAGUCAAUCUCAAGGUUUCAAGUCUUAUGAGCAAGAAGAGGAGGCAACCAAAGACCUCGCUCAAUUCUCAUUCGCCAACGCUAUCUACGCUGCACUCGUUGAAGGUCACGCCUCUGAAAUCAACGCCCGUAGAAACGCAAUGGACAACGCCUCAAAGAACGCAGGUGAAAUGAUCAACAACCUCAACCUCAAGUACAACCGUGGUCGUCAAGCCCAAAUCACCAACGAGCUUAUCGAAGUUAUCACUGGUGCUUCUUCACUUUAG